CUCUCUCACGAACUCCGCACGAUCUCCUCGGUCCACCCCACCCCGGCUCCUCUCCCCACGAUCUCCUCGCCGCCGCCCCCACCCACGCCGGCUGGUUCCGGCGAGCACCGGCCGCGCACAACACCCCACCUCCUCCUCCUCCCCCUCCCUUCCCCUUCCUCAUCUGCCCGCCCCUUCUCUCUCCUCCUUCCUCCCGGCGGCCGGCGAUGGGCGCGGACGAGGAGGAGCACCAGUCCCCCGCGCGGAAGCGCGAGCGCGAGGAGGGAAAACACUAUAACUGGAGGCCCCCCUCGUCUCCCGCCCGCCUCGCCGCCAACCCCCAAAUCGAUUUCAAAUUGCGCGCCGCCCGGUCGGCGUCCCUGGCGGCAGCGAUGGAGGUGGGCGACCUGCACAAGGUGUGGGAGAUCCGGGCGCUCAAGCGGAAGCCCGAGGAGCCGGCGGCCCGCGCGCUCCUCAACCGCGUCGCCAAGCAGGUCCAGCCCAUCAUGCGCCGCCGCAAGUGGCGCGUCAAGGUCCUCUCCGAGUUCUCGCCCAAGAACCCGAGGCUGCUGGGGCUCAACGUCAACCGGGGCGUCGAGGUGAAGCUGCGGCUCCGGCGCGACGGCCGGGACCUCGACUUCAUCCCCUACGAGGAGGUGCUCGACACCAUGCUCCACGAGCUCGCGCACAACGCGCGCGGGCCCCACGACGCGCAGUUCUACAAGCUCUGGGACGAGCUCCGCAAGUUUAACAGUACAACGGAUGGGGCUGUUAAAUAUGAGAUUCCAAUUGUGGCAGUGCAUUGCAAAAUAACUAUUUGAGGUAUAUAUGGCAUGCCAUCUAUGACUAUGAUGCAUGCAGUUCCUCCCAGAGUGUUCCUCUCCAGCUACCAGGCCUUUCGAUGGAUGUUACUCUGCGCAGGUUAACCAAUUAAUUGAACCACAAGGAUAGAGAUCUACACUCUAUUCAACAAUUUUCUCGAGAAGUUUGAUUUGUAUUCGAUAUUUCAUGGACUUAAAUAAUCUCUAUCUGUAAACACAUUGGUUUCUUUCAUCCAGUGAACCCAGGUAAUAAGUGAAGAUGAAUAUUACAUGUGUAUAUUACUUUUUCCUCUGUCGUUAGAUUAUGUUCAGAAUAUUUCUGAUAUUUUUUUGGAAUGCUAGGACCAUCACAUAUAAAAAAGAACUUUAAAUCACAAAAAUGUUGAUUUCUUUUAUUAAAGAUCUCGAGGGUGAGACAAUUUUCAGCAGAUUCAGAGGAAUAGCUUAAGUACCAUACAGAGGAUGACACAAAUGGUAAUGAACACAUCAUGGAUCUUGCAUUAAUUUUCUUAUUCUAGCAGUACAAUUUGUGCAGGGAAGUCAUUCAUUUGUGAUGCCAUGGAAGUAUUGUUUGAAGUUUCCUUGCUGUCAAGACUUUUUUUUCAACAUCUAUGAGGUGGCAAGCAAGGUAACUGCAGUUCAUAUCAGGUAUAAUGUGAAUUUCAUUCGUCGCAAGGAAGAAAAUCUACUCUGGAUAGUUGAUUUAGUGUUUCUUGAACAUGGCCAGGGCAAUGGAUAAAAUCUACUCUGGAUAGUUGACAGAGGGAGUACAUGCUAAGUUGACUUUUUUUCCUGUGGAUUUGCUUAUCGUGAAGAUGCUUGCAAGGAUGCAGAGGGAGCGGAUCAUUUGGAGAGAUAGGAUGCCACUGUUUGGUGUUUUUAUGCAUUUUGGUUUGCUUGUAACUGUGUUUGCACUAGCUGGGAGUAAGUGACUUCAAGAAGUGUAGGUGUUUUAAUUGAAGGCAUGAAAAGCCAUGACAAUAUGUAUGCUCUUACAGGAUGUGCUCUAAUGCUGCUGGUUUAUUAUAAAUCUUGGAUUAGUAAUGAUGUGUAAUGCUGCUGGUUUAUUGCAAAUAUGUGUUUGUUUUAGUUGGAA